GCGCUCUUCGUGUCGUUGCCCGCCAUGUUCUUCCUGAAGCAGCUUUCGCGCGAUCUCCUGCUGCACCCGAUGCACUUCGGGCCUAAGUUGCACGAUAUUAUCCGUUUGCGACUAAUCGAGGAGGUGGAGGGCACGUCGAUGGGCAAAUAUGGCUACGUCAUCACUGUCACAGAGGUGCGGGACGAGGAUAUCGGCAAGGGCGUGAUCCAGGACAACUCGGGCUUCGUGUGCUUUAAUAUCCGCUACCGCGCCAUUCUCUUCCGCCCGUUUAAGAACCAGGUGCUGGACGCCGUCGUGACAGUCGUGAACCAGCUUGGAUUCUUCGCCGAUGUGGGGCCACUGCAGGUUUUCGUGUCCCGACACGCCAUGCCAACGGACCUCAACAACGGCUACGACCACGAGAGCAACGCGUGGAUCUCGGACGAUCGCGAAGUCGAGAUCCGUAAGGGCUGUGGUGUGCGACUCAAGAUCAUGGGCGUCAGCGUCGACGUCACGGAGAUCAACGCUAUCGGAACCAUCAAGGAUGAUUAUUUAGGCCUCAUUUCGUCCGACAACUAACCUUCCGGUCGUGAUACACUCUUGCCGUCAAUAGUGCUUGCCACUUUUGGAUAGAAAUGACUAUUUCUUUUGA